AUGAACAAAGCUAGUGAAAGUGAAGAGAUCCUAGAUCCAUAAAAUUAUAGUAAAAGUUUCAAUCGGAAAAGCAAUAGGCCAUAACACUAUUAAAAGGUGGACGCCAAUUUACGAUCAUAAAUUAUAGAUUAAGCAUGCAAUAAAGGAUAACCCCUAAGAUAGGUUUUCAAUCACAAUAACAUGAUUUAGGUUGCACAAAACUUAGGAAUUAAGUACUCUACAGCCAAAGCUAUCGUCCAAGUGUACCAGAGUGAAGGUAGAAUAGGAAAGAAGAGAACAAGGGAUAAACGAAUUUAUUAAGAAAUAGAAACUUACAUCCUGAUUGUCAACAAAUAAACAGGAAAAAUAGAAAAAUUAAAGCAUAAGUCGGAAUGCAACGACCUGAAGACAAACUUUUUGAAUGCUAAGUUAAAUCUUGAGGAGGCUCACUAUUCUCAAAUAGCUCAAUACUUUGGAAAAUAUAAUCUUAGUUUACCUCAAGAACAUUUGGAACAAUAAAAUGAAAGCAUUAUUAAUUUAAUGAAAAUCUUAAAUGAACAAUACAAACAAUUCCAGGAAUCUGAUGAGAAUAAAUAAUGA